UACAAUUUCUAGGAUUAAGCUGUAAAAUCUCGCUAAUAGUAUUACUAGUAACGAACAAUGGUAAUGUGAGCGCAAGCCGAUCCAAUGCCUGGAAUGGACAAAUGGGCAAGUCAGUUCAGUAUCAUUCGCAAGAUUCCAUGAGUGGUUCUUAUCAAUAUGGAUAUACCGGACCUCAUCAUGCCAAGUCCGAGUCGAACGUUGACGGUAUUACACGAGGAGGCUACUCUUACAUCGAUGCGAACGGUUUGAUGCAAUCAGUCUCCUACACGGCAGACGCAGAAAAUGGCUUUCGCGUUCAAGCCAGCAAUUUGCCCAGAUCUAGGACAUUAAUACCGGCACAGGAUACGCCAGAGGUCGCCCUUGCCAAAAAUCGUCAUUUGGCGAUGUUCCAGAGACAAUCUGACGAUCGACAAACUUCGGACUCGUCUCAGCUCGAGCAACCCCAGUACCGCGGUCAGCAGCAUUAUCAAUAUCAAAGUGAAGAUCAGCAACAAUUAGGGGGUGAUUUAAGUUCCAAUACAAAAACGGGAAAGUCCCAUUUGUUAAGCAAUGAGGAAACUCGUGGUGUCCCCAUGAUUCGAUCCACUGGCACCUUUGUUCUGCAAUCUCCAGGCAGCGGGGCGAUUUUAUUACCUGGAUACGCGAGUCAUCAACAUCACAAUUACGUUAUGCCCGGUGUUUAUACAGCUGUGCCUCUAUCACUGUUACACACAUCAGCAAGUCACAGUCAAGACUCGCUCGGACAAUACCAAUACAGUUAUACCGGUGAUACUAGUGCCAAGACCGAGUCGCGCUCACUUGAUGGGACAACCAGAGGAGCUUACAGCUACAUUGAUGCUAAUGGAUUAUUGCAGCAAGUCCACUACAUUGCUGACAGAGAUGGAUUUCGUGUAUUAGCUACAAAUAUACCAGAAGCCUGAGCUUUGUCGGACAAGCACUAACAUCCUCCCCACUAUCGAACUUAAAUGUAAAUCCAAAUAAGCAUCUAGUAGGUUGCUAAGAUUGAUGCAUUAGAGUUAAUUCGCAAAUUACUCAUAUUAUAAAUCA